GGGGUCACUAGAAACAAGAUGUUUCAAUAUGGUGUUGUUGAGAAGAAACACAGGAGAGUCGCGUGUGUGGGCGCGGGUCUCCUGCUGGCCGCCUUCUUCUACAUCACAUACUUCAGCCCUCUCCUACACCAACCACUACCUCCCCUACACCAACCACUACCUCGCCAGCCAUCAUCACCAAACGUGUCAAGCAACCUCACCACAAAUGAUGAAAAUCCCCCAUGGUGGGAUGGUGGACGCUGCAGAUGUGAUGGGAAGGUCUGUGUUCCUGAGAAGGAAGUCUCGAAGGUGUCCCUGGAUGGCGUGGGCGGCACGUGUGGGCGGCGGGCGUGGGCGGCAGGACACAAGCAGCGGGUGGUGUCCUACUCCGUGUUUGGUAACAACUCCGAAUAUUGGCUGGGACUUGAUGACCUCCUAGUAACGAUCGCCCAUUUGUAUCCCGAGUGGGUAGUGAGAGUCUACACCAUCCCACAGCCCACCCUCGCUGCUGACUUCUGCCCACUCCUGAGACGUCACCCCCACCUGUACAUCUGUGACGUCACCAACCUGCCACAACCCUUGGGCAACAUAUCCGGCCUCCACCCCAUGAUGUGGCGCACGGCCCCCCUGGGGGACCCCCAGCUGACACACCUCAUGGUCCGGGACACUGACUCACAGGUGGAUUGGAACUUCUAUCAACAAGUCAUUCACUCCACCUGUCCCUUACAGCCCA